UUCCAAAACUAAUGAUACCUCCAGCGGACUUCGUUGCCCAAAGUGUGCUGGGCAGUCCCCAGGACGGCAUGCGGACCCCCACGGCUAAUCAGAUGAUGACCAACCCACUCCUCAACCUGAACAACACCGGUCGCACUAAUUUCACUAACAAACAACUUACGGAGCUAGAAAAGGAAUUCCACUUUAACAAAUAUCUGACACGAGCACGGAGAAUAGAAAUCGCGUCAGCGUUACAGCUGAACGAAACUCAAGUAAAAAUCUGGUUCCAAAACAGAAGGAUGAAACAAAAAAAGAGAAUCAAAGAGGGAUUAAUUGUCGCCCCUGAGGUACCCACUACGUCUGCCAGCAAUACUAUUGGUUCUAGUGAAAAUAGCCGAGAAUCCAGCUAA